CUCCCAAAGUUAUAUAAUAACCAACCAAAAUGCUCACCAAUUUCCGGUAUCUUUUCAAAAACACAAUGACCAUUUCAGAGCUCGUUUUCAUUCCAUUUCCAUUAGCCGGUCACCUGCCGUCGAUGGUGGAGCUCGCCAAGCUUCUCCUCGACCGUGAGCCACGCCUAUCCGUCUCGAUCAUCCUAAUGAACCCCUCCUCACAAUCAUAUUACGAUCAAGUAACUCAAGACUCAACUCCCCGUUUACGUUUCAUAGACAUCCCUUGUGACGAAACAGCAAAAUCACAUGUCAUACCCAACACUUUCCUCAACGCUUUCAUCGAAUACCACAAGACACAUGUUAAGAAAAUCGUCCAAGACAUCGUUAGUUCUAGCUCUGCUCGGCUCGUUGGGUUCGUUGUUGAUAUGUUUUGUGUACCUAUGACCGAUGUCGCGAAUGAGCUUGGUGUUCCAACAUUUACGUAUUUUGCAUCUGGUGCUGCCACGCUUGGCACGAUGUUUUACUUGCAGGACAAGCGCGACUAUGAGGGUUAUGAUGCGACAGAGUUUGCUGACCCGGGAUUGAAGCUUUCAAUCCCGAGUUUUUACUACCCUGUCCCGUCCGAACUUUUACCUAGUCCAGUGCAUAUGAAAGGAGAUACGUUAAAAAUCUAUCUAGAUCUAGCCAAGAGGUUUCGCAAAUCAAAGGGUAUUAUAGUAAAUACAUUUCUAGACCUUGAACGGCGUGGGAUGAGGGCCAUUUAUGGAAGUUACCGCUGUCGCCCACAAGUGUUACCAGUUGGGCCGAUACUAAACCUCAAAAACCCGAAAAAUAAUGAUAAGUCGGACGAAAUUAUGACAUGGCUAGAUGAUCAGCCCGAGAAUUCGGUUGUGUUCCUCUGCUUUGGGAGCAUGGGAACCUUCAAUGAGGAACAAGUGAAAGAAAUUGCAAUUGCUCUAGAAAAAAGUGGACAACGUUUCCUAUGGUCGCUUAGGCGUCCACCACAAUCGAAUAUACUAAUGGAUGGUCCAGAGGAUUACGAAAGUCUAGAAAAAAUCUUGGAUGAGGGCUUUUUAGAACGAACAUCGAGUAUCGGGAAGAUAAUUGGAUGGGCACCACAGAUGGCGGUGUUGUCCCAUCCUUCUACAGGAGGGUUCGUGUCACAUUGUGGGUGGAACUCGAUACUGGAGAGUAUAUGGUGUGGGGUUCCAAUAGCGGCUUGGCCCAUUUACGCAGAACAACACCUUAACGCGUUCCAGUUCGUUGGGGAAUUAGGAUUGGCCGCAGAAAUUAAAGUUGAUUAUCGAAACGGGAUGUUGGUUAAGGCAGAGGAAAUUGUAAGUGGGAUUAAUAAGUUAAUGAAUGAUGGCGAGAUUAGAAAGAAUGUAAAAGAGAUGAAACAGAAGAGCCGGUCAACGAUUGUUGAAGGGGGACAAUCUUAUUAUAAUGUUAAACGUCUUAUUGAUCUUAUCAUGAUCAAGGAGUAAUUUACUUAGCUGCUGGAUGCAUCAUCUACUAUUCUACUUCAUAUCGCUUUUGAUGAUGUAUCAUGUAUGUUCUAUUGAUUUGAGGGUUGUUGAAUUAGAUACAAAAGUAGAAAAGUAUAUGUAAUGUUAAACCGUUAUCGGGGGUUUUUACUUCAUUUUUGUCA